AUGGCCCCAUCCUUGGAUACACUUCCUGUCGACUUAUUUCGGGAGAUCAUCUCCUUGCUAUCACCUCCAGCCCAAGCAAGUCUCAGUCGCACAUGCACGGCGUACAAUCGAUGUCUCCUUCCAUUUCUCUGGAGCGAGAUCGAAUGCCAUCACCUCGGCACUCACGAGGGCAUAGACGUUGAGAGUGAAGUCAGCGAAUACAAGUACACCGGGAAGCUCAAGAGCCACAAGUCGCGCUUCAACCCCCGCGUACACCGGCGUGAAGACGUGGUGUAUCCGUAUGAAGAGCUGAUGUACGAGCCUUCGCGGCGCAGAUACUGCCAGGAGAAGUUCGAUCCCGUCACAUGGUCCAAGGAGAAGCGCUUCGAUCAAUGGAAUAAUUCCGAGGUCGUCAGCCCCCCGACCAGGCUCUCCGAGAAUUGCAACCGCAGGAACUUUCAGUUUGGCAGGGAAGAACAAUUCAUUUCCGUGAGGAAGAUCAGUUCCCCGGAUCGCUGGGUGGAACUAGCGAGACACGUGCGCUCACUAUGUAUGUCGAUUGGCGUUGACGACGAGGUCAUAAGAGUUAUCGGAAGCCUACCGAACCUUACGUCUCUAGAACUCGUUGGGUUGCCGCUGAAUAAUGGCCACCCCGCACUAGCUCCGAGCAUUGAUCUCCCCGUGUUGAAGAACCUGAAGCUUCGUGGAUACUUGCCGAGUGCGUUUGUAAGGAAUGUCUGCAGCAAUGCCCAGAACAUCAAAUACUUGAAUAUCGGGGUCCUUGCGACACCAAAGGAUGACGAGGCUUAUCGUCGCACAUUGCUGUUAGACGAUGGCAACUCGGAGAUAAUCACCGAGGAAGAAGCUGCGAGCUUCCAACGGAAAGGAAUCGAGGCAAUUGAGCUUGUGGCCGGAGAUGGCAGUAUAGCGGAGAACGGCGACGGUGAUGCUGAUGCGAAGGAGGAGGAAGGCGACGAGGACGCCGACGAUAGCGAUGACGAUCAGGAGGAAGAUGAUGAUGAGCCAUUUGCUUUGCACGGGGCAAUCUGGCUUCCCAAAGCUCUACCGUCACAAUUUGCGACCGUUACUCAUCUUCAUCUCGUGAAACCGUAUACUGGCGAGACGAGUCUUGGAGACCUUGGAAAUGACGCAUUUACGGAUAUCCCCCACCGUUACGAGCAGGUCCUGUGCCAUGAAUGGGUUUUCCUGCUUCGAGGCGUUGCACCAACACUCAAGGAGCUCGUUCUUGAGCAUCGUGUCCCUCAGCAUUGGGGCGACACCGUUGGCGAUGGCGACCCUCAUCCCAGGACGAAAGGUAGUAAUAGGGGUGGUCCUCAUAACCCCUUUAUAGGAACUGACCCUGACCGCGGAGACGUCCUUUUCUGUCGAAGCGUCCUGCGACUGCUUCUUGAGCAGAGUAGCCGUUUCGAAAAUCUUCGCCGCCUCGCUCUGAGGGGUAUUCAGAUCAAUGGAAUUCCCACGCAAAGAAAUAGUACGGCCGUGCCGGGGAUAGACGGAGCACCCAACAAUGAUAAGCUAUUGGAGAAAGCGUUUCCCGCCUGUGAUCUUGAGCUGUUUCAUAGGGUCUUCCCUCUCCUUGUCUACGAUGGAAGUACAUUCGAGGGCUGGGAAGAAAAUCGCCACGAGGCGAUGCAAGAUGAAGGCGACGGUCUCAUGUACAAUCUUCAGUACUUUAACGACUAUAAGAAGAGAUUUGGGCCGCAGUGGAGGAAAAUGGAUUGA